CGUGCCAGCCGCCCGGCCCUCCGCUCCCCUCCCCCGGCGCCGGCCCCGCCUCGCGCCCUAACGUUCCGCCUCCGUUGCCCCUAGCGGCUGUUUGUUGACUUCCGGGGACGCGGUAGUAGCCGAUGUCCGGGGUGUCGCUAUGGGGGCCCGGGGGGCUUCCGCGGCCCGCGUCGGGACUGAGGUGCUGCCAUAGGCCCCACCGAAUCGCCUUUGCCACCUUUCCGGUUCAGGCGCAGGCUCCCCGCACCGCCCUCAGCAUGGGGGAACCCGAGGAGGUGGUGCCCGGUUCGGGUGCUGUGUUUACAUUUGGAAAAACUAAAUUUGCUGAAAAUAUUCCCAGUAAAUUUUGGUUUAAAAAUGAUAUACCUACAUUUCUUUCAUGUGGAGAUGAACAUACUGCUAUUGUUACAGGAAAUAAUAAACUUUACAUGUUUGGCAGUAACAACUGGGGCCAGUUAGGAUUAGGAUCAAAGUCAACUGUUAACAAGCCAACAUGUGUCAAAGCUUUAAAACCUGAAAAAGUGAAAUUUGCUGCCUGUGGACGGAACCACACCCUAGUUUCAACAGAAGGAGGCCAAGUAUACGCAGCUGGAGGAAAUAAUGAAGGACAGCUGGGACUUGGUGACACUGACGAGAGAAACUCUUUUCAUCUAAUUAGUUUUUUUACUUCCCAGCGUAAGAUUAAGCAGCUCUCUGCUGGAUCCAAUACUUCAGCUGCACUAACUGAGGAUGGAGAGCUUUUUAUGUGGGGUGACAAUUCUGAAGGGCAAAUUGGUUUAAAAAAUAUAACUAAUGUGUGUGUCCCUCAACAAGUGACUGUUGGGAAACCUAUCUCCUGGAUCUCUUGUGGAUAUUACCAUUCAGCUUUUGUAACAACGGAGGGAGAACUGUACACAUUUGGAGAACCAGAGUGUGGGAAGUUAGGUCUUCCCAGUCAGCUGCUGGUCAAUCACAAAAUGCCCCAGCCGGUGCCUGGAAUUCCCGAGAAGGUGGUCCAAGUAGCUUGUGGUGGAGGGCACACCGUGGUUCUCACAGAGAAAGCCGUGUAUACCUUUGGGCUGGGACAGUUUGGUCAGCUGGGUCUUGGUACCUUUCGUUUUGAAACUUCGGUACCCAAAGUCAUUGAGCAUAUUAAGGAUCAGAAAAUAAGUUCUAUUUCCUGUGGAGAAAAUCACACAGCUCUGAUAACAGAUAUAGGUCUCAUGUAUACUUUUGGAGAUGGCCGACAUGGAAAAUUAGGACUUGGACUGGAGAAUUUUACCAAUCAGUUCAUUCCCACUUUGUGCUCUAAUUUUUUGAGGUUUAUAGUUCAACUGGUGGCUUGUGGUGGGUGCCACAUGCUUGUUUUUGCCAUUCCACGACUUGGUGGGACAGAAGAAAUGGAGUUAGAAGAAAUAAAUGAUUCUUACUUCCCUGCAGCACCUUCUCUGCCCCUCAGCGAUCUGAGCUCAGGAAAUGUACUGAACAGAACUCUGUCAGCACGUGUGCGGCGAAGAGAGAGGGAGAAAUCACCCGAUUCUUUUCAAAUGACACAAACUCUACCUCCAAUUGAAGGAACUUCUGUGCCACCAGUUUGCUUUUCCCCCAGGCCAGUUCCUUUCUAUAUGUCUGCAAGUAAGUGGCCAGGGAAAAUGAUACUUGAAAAGGAGGACCCCAUGCUGCCAGUGGAACCAGAUUAUUUCCAGGAUAAAAUGGCCAAAGGGAAAGAGGAAGACAAUUCUUCAGCAACAGAUUCAGAGAGCCUUGGAGAAACUACUGAUGUCUUAAAUAUGACACAUAUGAUGAGCCUGAAUUCCAAUGAGAAGUCAUUAAAAUUAUCACCAAUUCAAAAACAAAAGAAACAAGAAACAAUUGAGAAACUGAAGCAGCGUACAGCUCACUCUGGACAUGAUGAUAGUAAAGGAUUUGCAAGUGACGAGAUGUCUAAAACAGUGAAAGAGGGGAAAGCCUAUAAACAACUUUUGGCCAAAGGAAUGUACAUGAUGCAAGCAGCUAUGACUAUGGAAGCAUUUUCAGAUGAGGACGUAGGUAAUGACUCGGGCCAGCCUGGGUCUCGGGCUGACACCCGUGCAGAGGGUGUGCAAAGAGAGCUAUUUAGACGUGAAAGUAAGCACUGUAUUUAUCCACCUGACAGUAAGGCAAUAGCAAAGGCAAGUGAUGGAGGCCAAAGACAGAAGGAUCCAGACGCAAAAGAAACAGUCUCUGAAAAGGAAACUGAGCUGGCGGAAAUGGCAGAUCUGAAGGCUAGGAGACAAAGCGAAGAGAAUUUAAGAAAUAUUGAUAUGUUCUUUGACUUACCAAAUAGAGACAUGAAUAUUGAGGAUGAAGACAGUAACGAUUUUGUUAAGGACAGUAAGAGGAAUAAGCGAGAUGUGAUUUUUGACAGCGAAAGAGAAUCUAUAGAGGAGACAGACAGUUACUUGGAAGGCAAAAGCGCAAGUCAGCAAGGUACCACUGACAGCUUCGAGCAGCCCGAGUCAGUAGAAUUUAGUAGUGGAGAGAAUGAGGAUGACGAAGUGGAAACCGAGCAAAACUUGUGGUAUAGCAGAAAAUUUCUCGAACAAGUACUUGAGGAAGAGGUUGAACACAAAAUGUCCAGAUUCAUGGCAAGAUAUGAUUUUAAGUGUGACCACUUGUCAGAGAUCCCCGAAGAGCAGGAAGGAGCAGAGGAUGCAGAAGGAAGUGGAAUAGAGGAGCAAGAGGUAGAGGCAAGUGAGGAAAAUGUGAAGGUGCCAGCAAGAAAACAGGAGGAGGAAAUAGACAUCCUGCCAGACGUCCUGACAGACAGAGCAGAGGUGAGUGAAGGCAAGGGAAAGGCAGGAGGUGGAGGUGAGGGAAUCCAGUGGGAGGGAAAUUCAGGAGUGGAACAGAGGCAAAGUGAGGAGGAAGAAGAGGAGGAAGACAAGGGAGGAGGAGAAAUAGAGGGCCUGGGUAAGGGAGAGAAAGACCUAGAAGAGGAGGAGGGCCAGGAGCAAAGGGAGGGGGAACGAGGCCAUCAGGAAGAAAGAAACAAAGGGAUGGAGGAAGGAGAAGGGGAGGAGAAAAGAGAUGAGAAGGAAGGGGAGGGGGGGAGAGGAGGGGAAGAAGACAGGGAAGAGGAGGAGGAAGAAGGCAAGGAGGAGGGAGAAAGGAAAGAGGAAGAAGGACAAGAGGAAGGACAGGGAGAGGGGAGAGAAGAAGAGGAAGGAGAGGGGGAAGCGGAGGAGGAAGGAGAGGAAGAAGAAGAGGGGGAAGGGGAGGAAGGAGAGGGGGAAAUGGAGGAGGAAAGAGAGGGGGAAGGGACGAAAAGAGGUGAAGGGGAGGAGGAAGGAGAGGGAGAAGGGGAGGAAGGAGAGGGGGAAGUGGAGGAGGAAGGAGAGGGAGAAGGGGAGGAAGGAGAGGGAGAAGGGGAGGAAGGAGAGGGGGAAGAGGAAGGAGAGGGAGAAGAGGAGGAAGAGGAAGGAGAGGGAGAGGGGGAAGUGGAGGAGGAAGGAGAGGGGGAAGGGAAGAAAAGAGAAGAUGAAGGGGAGGAGGAGGGAGAGGGAGAAGCAGAGAAAGGAGAGGAGGAAGCAGAGGAGGAAGGAGAUGGGGAAGGGAAUGAAGGAGAAAGUGAAGGAGAGGGGGAAGGAGAGGGAGAAGAAGAAGAAGGAGAAGCGGGGGAAGCAGGGGAGGAGGAAGAAGAGGGGGAACCAGGGGAGGAGGAAGAAGAGGGGGAAGCAGGGGAGGAAGGAGAGGGGGAGGGAGAAGAGGAAGGAGAGGGAGAAGAGGAGGUAGGGGAGGAAGAGGAAGAAGAGGGGGAGGGGGAAGGAGAGGGGGAGGAGGAGGAAAGAGAGGAGGAGGAGAAAGAAGGGGAGGGGGACCAGGAAGGAGAGGAGGAAGGGGAGGGUGAGGGGGAAGAAGCAGAGUGGGGAGUGAGGGAGAGGGAAGAGGAGGACACUGAGGAAGAAGAGGGGAAAUACGAGGAGACAGGAGAUGAAGAGAGUGAAAAGCAGGGAAGACCAGGUAAAGGAAAAGGGUCCAACAAAGCAAGCAAAAUCAGAGGAUCUGUGAAAUAUGACAAAGAUAAGGCAUACCCCCCAAAGUUUAUUACUAACACAGAGGGCAAAGGGAAAGAGCAUGAGGUACAGAGGUUCAAAAUGCCAGUGCGGUCAAAAGAACUUUUAGAAAAUGGGCCACCAGGUUCCAAAAGAUUCUGGAAUAAUGUAUUACCACAUUAUCUAGAAUUGAAGUAACAAACUUUAAAUUUGAAAGUUUGUUAAAGUUUUUAAAUUUUUAAAAAUUUAAAUUUUAAAUUUAACAAACUUUAAAUUUAAAACUGUUGACCAGCCAACAGUUUGAGCAUCUUACACGUAAUAGGCACUUAAUAUGUUUUAUUAAAUUGCUUUUUGUCAUGGUUACUUUAUGUGUGGUACAAUAUAGACUGAUAAAGACAACACAAAGCACUGGUAAAUUUGGCUCCUCUUAAACUAAUAUUUUGGUAUAUUUUCCCCCCAAAUUAUAAAUCUGUCACUAGAAAAUAUCAAAAGGUCAUAGCAGAUAAUUAACAUUAUAUAUUCCUCAUUAAAGACAGAGUUAGGAAAUAGUAUACUAUAAGAAUGUUGCAUUUGUAUAUACAAACUGGUCCCUUUAAAGAUGGCACAGAUCCUUCAAGGCUAUAAAAACAUCUCAUUUCUUAUGAGUUUCUUUGGUCUCUGAUUUCAAUGUGCCUACUACGUAGAAUAAUUUUAUAAGGUGGAUGGUAUUGUAAAGCUAAAAUGAAGAAUUCGCAUUUAAAAAAAAUAGUGCUCUUUUUUUACCUUUUAUGUGUCCUUUUUGCAACAAUCUACCAAGUGUCAGCUGGAUUCAGAGCUUAGAUCUUAAUGUGCUGUCUUUUAGUUACUGUCUGGACAAAUGGCAGUAUAUCUCAUGAAAUGGAGGUGAACCUAAACAUAUAUUCGGGAAGUAUGUAAAACUUGUAAGUAUUUAUUAGCCAGGCAGAGCUCCUCACUGGGGUUCAGUUUCCUCACGUGUAAAAUGGAGCGGAUUAGAUGAUAGAACUAUAGUCCCUCCUAACUCUCAGAUUCUUUUGUUCUAACAGGCUGAUUUACUCCCAUUGUGUUUGUCAUUUGCAUAAAAGUUUUUUAAGUUAGAAGAAAAAUUGUACUUUAAAAUUAAUUGAGUUUUCUAUAAAUUAUAUAUUGUUCUUUACUCUUAAAAACUUAGGAAGAGCUUUAAUGUAUCUUGUGUUCUGUCAUUCUGUAUUUCUAAACUAUAACUUCUGAGCUUUAACUGUACUAUCAGAAUCGUCAUUCCCAGUGUCUAUUAUGUACCCUCAGUGUGUUCUUCAUUGACUAUUCUGUAAUUCUGUUUGUUGCUCGUCAGAAUGUUUCAAGUAAAAUAAAAUGUAAAUGUAUACCAUCAGUAAUUGUUUGUGGAAAGAGAAACUAACACUAGAUACUGAAUUUUCGAGAGGCUAGAUUUCGAUUAGUGUAAAUUCAAUCUUCCCUUAAAACUUUCAGUAUUUUUCAUACAGCUAGAUCAUUUGUUCUUUAUUCAUAGCUCCCUUUUCAACUGGUUUCCCACCCCAGUCCCUUCCAUAUCUUGGGCAUGAGGGAUUUCUUCUACUUUUAGCAAGGAGAAUCUGGAUGGUAAACUUCCUGUGAAUUUUGUGUAGUUGAAUCCUGUGCACAUUUGAUUCUCUGUGAGAAAGAAUAUGGGGGGAAAGACUAGAAUACAAAGAGAAGAAACUCCUAGGAGCAACUGUAGGUUUUGUUUUAGCUGCAGGGAUCUCUGGUCGCUUCCCCUAACUAACCAAACACGCGAAUUUGGCAUUGCAGGGUUCUAUCCAAUUCUGCCACAUUCAGUGACGGUCAGUGAAAUGGAAUUGGUGCUUUGAUCAAGUGUGUGCGCUGUGUUGUUAAUGCUAGGGCCCAACAUGUUUAUUUAAAACGUUGACUUAAAAUGAUGAACUGAGAUGAACGAUAGAAUGGAGUUCAUAAAGGAAAAGGCUUCAGGGAGAAAAGAAACUCUUAACCCUCAAGUUGUUAAUGUCAAAGGCGAGACCUCACCAGCCAGCAACACUGAAAUGGUGUUCAGAGCAUGUGCCCAUCUCAGUAUUUGAGCUGGCCUAGAGAGCCACUUUCAAACAGCAUUUCCCACCCAUUUCUUCACAUUUCCCUGGCCAACCGAAGUGUUGUAUGCUCUUUUUGAAGCAGUAGCUCGGGCAGGCAUGGUGUUCUGGUCAAGAGCACGGGCCUCGUCAUUUUGAGAUGUGAAUUAGUACUUGGUAAAACAGAUCGGGAUAACUGGUUCCUUCUUCAUUGUCCCCAUCUGCUGGUGGAUCGAGCUUUUAUUGUAGUUUCUCACUGGUUAUUACUGAGGCCAGCGUGAGGGGUGUGUGUGUAGAAUCCGUUGAGUUACAGUUUCAAAUGAGGACUCUGGCAGAAAAAUAUUUUCAGGUAAGCUACAAAGGAGUAUCACAGAAACAUCUGCUGCUGCCAAACCAGUAACUCUUGAGGUGAGUGCAAUGAAAUGUUUUUUGUAAUUGCGUUAUAGAGGUCAGCUUGCUCUGCACGUAUACAUUCAAGAUAAAAUGCUACCAUAGAGGAAGGUGCUGUACUUCCUUCUUCCUUCACUCUUCCCAGUGUCCCUGACCUGUAACUUAAUAUCUGGUACAUACUGUUCACUCAACAAAUAAGCAUGUACAUGGCAAGCACCCAAAAGGGAACGGAAGCUUUCCCAAAUCAGGGAGAGCUCAAGAAACGAGGGCCGCUUACAGGCAGCCUCCUGUGGCCCUUUUACCUGUCAGGGACAUUAGGUGGGUACAGAUGUCUUGAAAGGACACCAGGUAAAAGGAGUUCCCAUGGCCCUGCCUUUAACUAUGACUUAACAAUGCCCUUUAGUUACCUGAUCUAUCCCGCACCCCCACUCCUGUGUUCUUUUUAGCCAGGGCUACCCGAAGAUAAAAAUAUGAUCUGAAAACAAAUCUUUUGCUUUCCUUCAUGAAGUCCCUUAAUUAAGAAGACAGUGGUUUUGUGCCUUGAGUAUGCCGAGAGUAAGAUACAGUUCCGGAUCUCAGGGGACUCUUGGCUGUUUCUAUAGGCUGACCAGAAACUUUACCCAGACAAUAGAGCGUUUCAGGAGUGGCACUUCAGCAGCCACUUCUGCACUUCAGCAGAGAAGGGCUAGGAAAGGGCUUCCAGGGGGCAACGGGGAAAUGUCAGCUGAGUCGUGAGAAGUAAAAGCGAGUCAUGCAAGCGGCAGGGGCAGGGCUUUCCCAGUUGAUGGGAGCCCUGAGAGUAUUUCAGUGUGACCACAACUUAAGAGUGUCUUUUGGUUCUGGGUAGAGAGGCAAAGGACCUUAAUGUGUUUCUGAAAGAUGUUAAACAGCAAGAGUAAGGUGAUCACACUUGGGCUUUUGUAACGGUCUGGCAGCAAUAUGGAGGGUGGGUUGGAGAGGAACAAGACCAGAGCCAGGGGUGCCAGUUAGGAGGCAGCUCGAGGAGAGCAGGCAGAGACAGAAGAGGGGACUAGACAGUGGACAGAGUUGGGGACAUGUGUUAUCAAGAGAGCUUUAGGGAUAGAAUUGGAGGGCUUAGUAAAGAGAUGCAACUUGGAGGGAGAGAGAAGGCCAAGCUUUUCUUGUUUCUGUGUGAAGAGCCAGGUGGAAAGGGCGCCAUUGGCCAAGGCUGAGAACAGGAGUAGGGGCAGGUUUAGGAGCCUGCUUGGGCUUGUUGACCCAGGAGAUGUUCAGCGGACAGAUACAUGUGUGGGCCUGGAACUCAGGGGAGAUUGCUGGGUAUCGCCAGCUUUUAGGGGUCAUUGAAACCAUGAAGUUGAGUGAGAGGCAGCACUCAUAGUACGAGAAGAAGAGAACUGAAGACAGAGUUUGAGGAAACCUCAGUAGCUAAUGGGGAGGUUGAGAAAGGGAAGUCUGAGAAGGAGGCGGUGUAGGGACACUUUCUAGGAAAGAGAGGUGCCACCCAAGCCAAGGAAGGCAUGGUGGAGGGCUGCAGAGAGGUCUGGGAGAGGCCCAGCAGAAGGCUGGCCAGAGCUCACAUUGCCAGCAAAGAGGGAGCUCCAGGAAGGCCGCCUUAGAGUCAGGGACUCUGAUGCCCUGGGGGAAAACACCUUAGACUUGCACUUGCUAUUACUAUAUACAAGGGUAUAUAAGCACAGGAUGUUGUUGAAGUGAGCUGAUCAGCAGAAAGGAAGAGA